AUGGAAAAUGAAGAAAAGAAAUGGGAAGACAAGGACAAAGAAAUCGAUAAUCUUGGUGUAAAAUACAAAUGUAUUAGCGUCCAAGCAGAUAAUCUUUAUGUUGACCAAAAGAAUGCAUUUGAACAAGCACGUUCUAAUGCCAUUCAACUUCAAGCCACUAAAAUGAAGAAAAAACGAGAUAUUAUUGAUCUACAAGAAGAAUAUAAGAAAGAUUUGCUUACACUGCAAGAAUACCAAGGAUAUCAGAGCUUUUUACAACAAUUUGUUCCAAAGGGAAAAAAGAUGUUCGAUCAUUUUAAUGAUGUUAAACAAAUUGAAGCAGAAUUAGCAAAUGAACAAAAAGAAAACUUAUUUUUAAUUACGAACUGUAUAGAGUUAGAAAGUCAAAUAAAUAAUUGUCAAAAUGAUUAUGAGCAAUCGCUCAAAAACAUCGAAAAAUUGAUUUUGAACAUUAAGCCCAUUAUAGAAGAAACAUAUGAUACUUCAGAUGAAGCUUUGAUGAAAGUGCAAUACAAGAAUGAAUUUAACAAUAAAAGUAAAGAAAUUGAAAAAAUUACAGAUAAAAUCAGGAAAAUUUAUGAUCAAUUCUUUGAACACGAUGAUCAUAUGAAAGCUUCAACAAUGUUGAAUAAAAUUAAUGCUGGUCUCGAAGAUUUUUACAAUAGAUCAGCAUUGCUUGACCAGAAAUAUAUGAAUCAACAACAAAAAGAAAUAAAUAAGAUCCGUAGAGAGCAGCAACGCGCUGAUCAAAUGAUGCAAAAAGAAUUGGUGGCUCAAGUAAAGAAAGAACAAGCUCUUGAAAGAGCAAACAAACCAAUUGUAAGAAGAACUGGAAGGCCGUUAGUAGCUAGGUCAUUUAUUCCUAAAGUUAUUAAAAAUAAUGAUGAAGAGCUUCGACUUAAAGCUCUUGCUGAGCGCAGACAAACUGAAAUGCUGUUCGGCAAAUUCGAAUGA